AACAUUAUCUAGAAUUUGCCACGCAACUAGCUCAACAAUGUGGGCAAAUAAUUCUUGAAGCAUCAAAAACAAAGUAUGCUACUGGUAAUAAAAUAUUUGAAAAGUCUGGUCAACAAACCGAUUUAGUCACUGAAACCGAUAUAAAAGUUGAAGAAUUCAUCAAAUCAAAGCUGAAAGAAAAAUUUCCGGAUCAUAUGUUUAUCGGGGAAGAGUCAAAAGCCGCCGGAAAUCAUCAUGAAUUAACAGAUAAACCAACAUGGAUUGUUGAUCCAAUAGAUGGAACAACUAAUUUUAUUCAUGGCUUUCCUUUUGUUGCUGUCUCAAUUGGACUAACUAUCAAUAAGGAACCCGUUGUUGGUGUUGUAUUUAACCCAUUCCUCAAUGAACUAUUCACUGCUCGUAAAGGUCAUGGCGCAUUUUUAAAUCAUACAACUAGACUUCCAUUAUCCUAUCCAUCUCCUCCUCCCGUGUUGCCAUCUAGUCUUUCUCAAUGUUUGGUAUCUUACGAUUAUGCUGGUGCAAAUAGAUCGGACUCAGUCCUUAGUAAAAAGAUUAAUUCACUGCAUAAUUUGUUAAGAUCACCUGGAGAAGUUUCUUGGAGUUCCAAAAAAGCUGGAUCGGUACGCGGCGUUAGAUGUUUAUGUAGUGCUGCUAUUACUCUUGUUAUUCUUGUUGAAUCAGGGGGUAUGAUGGUUAAUGGUCACGGGUUCAAUGAAGGUCCAGUAGACAUUUGUGGUCGCAAAUACUUAAGUAUUAGAGGUGGUUCGCCAUGUGAGGGUGAUGAAAAUUCUAAACAAAGUCAAUUACGCCUUAUUAGAGAAAUGUUGGAUGUUAUUGAAGAAAUUGAUUAA